AUGGCUCCUUCUCUUCUUGACUUGCCCCCCGAGAUUCGGCUUCAGAUUUACGCCUUCAUCUUCAGCAGUGGGAAGGUCGUAAUUGAAGUCGAGGAUGACGAAAACAAACCUUGCCUGCUUCCUCGACGUAGCGUUUUCCAAACACAAUCCUCGAGGUCGUCUCAGUUAUUGCGAGUCAGCAAAGCCAUCCUGGCCGAAGCUCGACCCGUGCUGUAUGCUAACACGACUUUCCACGUUCUGAACCGAGUGUUUGCUGGGAAAUUGCCCAUAGCAGUCAGCGAUGGCCAUGCGUGUGCUGCGCAUGUCAAACAGUUGAUCUGGCAAGUCGACUGCGACAUCAUGAAACAUUUUUAUCCCGAAGACCUUCGGCUAGAUCCAGAGGACGUCAGUCGGUGGAGCAGCCUUGAGUUGCGGUGUCGAGCCGAUACCUGGCGCAAUUCAUUCCUCGGGGAAUGGUGCGACCGUGAGGCGUUCAUCAAAGGACGAGAACACAUGAUUGCAUACGCCCGAGUCUUCCAGGAUGUCAUGAAUAGUCGAACAGGAAACAAGGUCAAUUUGAUCGAGAAUAGAAGUCAACUUGGACGUGGGCGGCUGAUCUUGAGACUGACCAGGGACAAUUUGAUCCACAGGCAGGACUCAGAGGCGAGAAAGACUCUGGUGCUGCUCCUGCCUUAUCCAUUGACGAAGAGUCGUGGGAGUGACGUACCUAUGAAGACGAAGAGGCAGACACUGAUCGAUGCAACACCAAUGGCAGCCCACGGAACAAAGUUUGACAAGUGA